GAAAAAGCCAAAGAUCCCGCCUUCGUCUUAUUUACUCUUUUGUAACGCCGAGCGGGAAAAUGUGAAGCAACUUCUACUGGAGAAGUCUGAAAACAAGGCAACGAUUAGAAUAACGGACAUUCAGAAGGAACUGAGUAGUAAAUGGAAAAGCUUAUCGGAGGAGGAGAGAAAGGUGUAUGAGGAGCAGGCACAACUACUGAAGAUAAAGUAUAACGAAGAGCUCCUCGAUUGGAUAAACAAUGAAGCCAUUAAUGUUUUCCAAAAGGCCAUGAUCAUGUUCCUAAUUGAACUGGUGAACAAAACCCUUGAAUUCAAAAAUGAGAAGAACACGUCCAAAUUUAUCACAUCCCUCGACAUAAGUUAA